CGUGCAUCUGCGGUGAGUGGCUCAUUCUAACGCGGCAGCAUGUGGCAGCUGCUGUCCCCAAUGAUUCUGUUCCUUCUAGUUUCUGCUGGACCGCGAGCUGCAGAACGCCCAAAGGCCAUGGUGGUCCUAGAACCUGAAUGGACUAGGAUCCUCACCUGGGACAGAGUGACGCUGAGGUGCCAGGGGCCCUACGGCCCUGGGGACCCUCCCACACAGUGGUGGCACAAUGGGAGCCUCAUCUCACAUCAGGCCUCCAGCUACGACAUCACAGCUGCCAGGCUUGAAGACAGCGGCGAGUACAAGUGCCAGACAAACCUCUCCAAAGCCAGUGACCCCGUGCAGCUAGAGGUGCACGCGACUUGGUUGCUGCUCCAGGCCCCUCGCUGGGUGUUCCAGGAGGGGGAGACCAUUCGGCUGAGGUGCCACAGCUGGCAGAACAAGAAGGUAUGGAAGGUCCAAUAUUUCCAGGACGGAAGAGGCAAGAGGUUUUUUCACAGCAAUUCCGAGUUCCACAUUCCCAAAGCAACACGCAAACACAGCGGCUCCUACUUCUGCAGGGGGAUUAUUGGGACAAAAAAUGAGUCGUCGGAGGCUGUGGACAUCACCGUUCAAGGGCCCCCGAUUCCAUCCACCUCAACGCUCCUUCCACAUUGGUACCAGAUCGCUUUCUUCCUGGUGCUAGUGCUCCUGUAUGCGGUGGUCACGGGGCUCUUCCUCGUUGUGCAGAGAGACCUUCGAAGGUCAAUGGAGACGGGCAAGGACAGAAAAGUCACGUGGAGUCGCGACCCGCAGGACAAACUGGAGCAAUAAAACCAGCACCUCGGAACCUCUCUCUGGAUUCCCAGCCCCACCACCUCCAGCAGGCGGCUCAGGGGCAGCGCCUAGGGGGAGGGUCCUUCGCUCCACUCCGCUGUCUCUGGGUCUCCGCUGGAAAGGAAGGGCUGGCGACCUUCAGGUGCCAACAGUGAUGCCCCAGUGAGUAUCAGAACUGAAGUCUCAGAACCACACAGAUGCUUUCUCUACACGACCACCCUGUCACAGCAAUGCGACAAUGCGGACUCUGGAUGGUGACCGAACCCAUGAACAUUGUUCUUAAGUAACCGAAUCCAUAGAUAAGAGCAUUACGGCCUGGCUGAUGGUCUACAUUUGCUGCUGCGGGGGCGGCUGCCUUUGGGGCAGAUCGUGGGGGCUGUGGGGGGGUCUGGGGAGACGGCAGAAUCAGGGAAGUAGGUGGCCGAGAAAGAGCAUGGCAGUCCAAAACAGACCAGAGAAGACCCCUGUCUUCCUAGAACAUGAGUCGUGGUGUGGGUAGCAGAAAAAUCACACGGGUGAUGUAGAAUUGAGUUUUUCAGGAGACCCAUGCCAGAUUUGGGGUGGUUUAUGAGAAUAUAAUGAUGGACCCUCUUGACAUCAUGCGUAGAACAUAGUCCUGGAAGGGGGUUGGGUGAAUCAUGGUCCUGGAAGGGGGUUGGGGAUUGGCGGGCCUUGGAAAAGAAAGGACAGAGCAAUCCCUAUGUCUGUAGGAAGGGGGACAGCAUUGUGGUCCCAAAUGAAGCUCAGUAAACAGCGAUAUCCCGGUCGGAACUGAGAGAGCACUGCAGGAAAGAGUCCACUACAGCGCCCAAGAGACAGGACCCUUGGCCAGGAUAAGCACAGUUGGAGAGAGGAGAGGCAGGCACGGUUGAAUCAGCUUUCUGCUUCCGUAUCUAAUUCAGGUACAGCUUUGCUUGUUAUCACUCAGCAAACAAAUACAGGCUAAGUGAUACUCUUGCACUCAACUCUGCUGAGUUAAACUAGGAAAGUUUGAAAUCCCUCGGCCUGUCGGUGACAGUGGAGUGAGGGUGGGGUCGGGAGCACUGCUUGUAGAAGAAACCUUAGCGACCUAUCUCUGUAUUAGCAGCUCUAAGCACACGUUUCUUGAUUCCAAUAAAGCAUUUCACAAGCUCUUG